GCUUUCUGCCCUGGGUUAAAAUGGCGGUCAUGGCCGCCGCCGCUGCUUAGGGCGUUCGAGAGAUUCCCUCGGCUGGACGGCGGACACGGGAUUUUCGGAAGGCGGAGGCAGCCGGCCGGGCAGCAAGAUGGCGACGAUGGGAAGCGGUUCCUUGAGCAUCGUGGAAUACUUGGGGGGAGACGGCGGCUACCGCUGCGGCUAUUGCAAGAACGACACCGGCAACUUCUCUCACGGCAUGUGGGCUCAUUCACUGACUGUUGAAGACUACCAGGAUCUUAUAGAUCGAGGAUGGCGGAGAAGUGGAAAGUAUGUUUAUAAGCCCACUAUGAAUCAGACAUGUUGUCCUCAAUAUACAAUAAGGUGCCAAGCAUUACAUUUCCAACCUUCCAAAUCACAUAAAAAAGUUUUGAAGAAGAUGUUGAAAUUUUUAACAAAAGGAGAACAUUCAAAAGCAGAUAUUGAAGUAGAUCCCAUGGAGUCUCACACCAAAGAUGCUGAUGGCUGUAGUUUUCCCUUUAAAAACCCACCUAUCAGAAGCCAAUCUGAAUUGCUACCCCUCAGUACUGAUCCCACGGAAGAGGAAGAAAUGACAGAAGAAAUAAAUGUAAAGGAAGUAGACUCAAAACAUUCUGAACUGUGUAAUAAAAAAUUGAAUACCGAUUGCAAUGAGCCAUUACAGAUAACUCAUAUCGGACGCGUUACUCCUAAGCCAGGCAGAGGAGCUGACUUGAAUAAACCACCAUGUCGUAAAGCAAAAGUCAUACGGAAGGAACAAAAGCUGCAGAAAAAACUUCAAUGCCAGACACGGCCAGUUUCACUUGAAUCAGGGUCUCGGAGUUUGACCAGUCAGAACUGUUGUCCUAGAACAAACCAUCCAAAAUCAAUUGAAGACUUCAUUUUUGCCACCUUACCUCCUGAAGCUCUGCACCAGAUAGAGGUGAGGCUGGUGCGAUCAUCUCCACAAAGUUCCCAGUUCAAAGCCACAUUUCAGGAGUCUUACCAGGUUUAUAAGCGUUACCAGAUGAUUAUUCACAAGGACCCUCCUGGUAAACCAACCGUCAGUCAGGUGAGGUUAGUACCAGUUUCUUUUGAGGACCCACAGUUCAGUUCAUCUUUUACUCAGUCUGCCACUUUAUUUGCCAAGUAUCAGAUGACCAUACACAAGGACACUCCUUUUGAAUGUGACAAGGACCAGUUUACGCGAUUUCUCUGCGAUUCGCCACUUGAGGCAGAACAUUUACCAAAUGGACCAGAUUGUGGCUAUGGUUCUUUUCACCAGCAAUAUUGGCUUGCGGGAAAACUAAUUGCUGUCGGUGUAAUUGACAUCCUUCCGAAGUGUGUAUCUUCCGUGUAUCUCUACUAUGAUCCUGAUUUUUCUUCUUUGUCUUUGGGUGUCUAUUCUGCUUUAAGGGAAAUUGCUUUUACCAGGCAACUUCAUGAACAGGCCUCUGAUCUAAGUUAUUAUUACAUGGGGUUUUAUAUUUAUUCAUGUCCUAAAAUGAGAUAUAAGGGACAGUAUAGACCUUCUGAUUUACUAUGUCCAGAGACAUAUACUUGGAUACCCCUUGAACAAUGUCUACCUUCUCUUGAGCAGUCAAAAUAUUCUCGCCUCAAUCAAGACUCAAAAAUAGAUGAUGAAGGGAUGAUGAAAGAACUUGAUCAAGUUCAGGUUCUCUAUAAGAGAUCAGUUAUGCCUUACAGGAUCUAUAAGAGAAAUCGAAAAGGACCAAGCGAUGAAGAAACUGUACAGCAAUAUGCAGCUCUUGUGGGACAGGCAUGUUCAGAGAGGAUGUUGCUUUUUCGAAGCUGAAUAUUCAUUCUCUAGAUGUUCUAGAAUGACAUUUUAUCAUACUACUACAAGAUUACAUAUCUCUACCAUUUUCUAUUGUUAUGCCUAUUGAAUACUCACUGUGUACCCUUUUCUGCCUGGGAAGGAACAUGUUGACAAACUUUAGCAUAAAACAUUGGUUUUGAGUCUGUAUUAAGGGUUUGUCAGAAUAUUACAAUGACUGAGUUUGUGAGAUUAAAGUCCUGCUUACAUUUUCAAACAAGUGAAUGGGAUGAGUAUAAUAGUGAGUGGAACAUUUGAAGGGGUGGGCGAGUUGUAUUUUGUAGGUAUGUGGUAGAUAAUAUUUAAAAUCAAUUGGGUGAUGAAAUAUAAGUUGUUGUGAAAAGUAUAAAUAUUCCAGAAAUUUUAUAUUUUCUUUGAUUACUAUCAAAUAAUUAAAUAUUUUGUUCUAGUAUUAUUUCAGAAUUCAGUUAGCCAGAUACUUGUAAGUAAGCCAAUGUUUUGCACUAUGCUUCAGUGGGAAAACCCAGCCUCUGUCUGGUAGAGUUGGUGCCUAGGAUUGCUAUUAUGUCGUACAAUAUAAAGCCAUCUAAGUGUAUCUAUGCACUG